AAAUUGGUCUCCUCCAGAAACAGACCAAAAUUUGUCUUUGGGGAGGUUGACUGGAAACUAAAGGGGCCAUGGAGAGAAACGGUGCUGCCUUUCCCCAAACAUUAGACCCCACAUGCCACUUCCACAUAUUUCUGCUGGAUCAGAGACAGAGGCUGCACAGCCAAAUUGCACAUCUUCAUGAAGUGGCUCAGAAAAUCAACAAGCUCCGCAAAAGGUCUCUGAUUGCCAACAUCAGUGGGAGCUCUCUGACCGCUGCAGGAGCAGUCACAGCCAUCGUGGGACUGUCCCUGAGCCCAGUCACGCUGGGAGCCUCUCUCCUGGCCUCAGCUGUGGGUCUGGGUCUAGCCACUGCCGGGGGGGCUGUCAGCAUCACCUCCGACCUCUCCUUAGUGCUCUGCAACUCCCGGGAGGUGAGGAAGGUGCAGGAAAUUGCAAUGACUUGUCGGAAACAGAUGAGGGAAAUCCUCGGCUGCUUGGAAUUCCUCCGCCGGGGGCAGGGCCCAAGGGACCCCAUGCUGCUGCAGUCAGAGAAGAGGGCCUCCAUCUCGCUGUACAACUCCGUCUGCUUCAUGGUCUUUUAUGGCUCCCACAGCUUCCUCGUACCAGAAUACACAAAGGAGGUCACAAAAGUGAGCCAGGUCGUGCUGAAGGCCAAAAUCCAGAAGCUGGCUGCUAACCUUGAGACCUGCACCAGGGCAAUGGAUGAACUCUGUGAACUCCUCGAGUCCAGGACAGAGCUUUCCUCACACACAAGAAAUCUCAGCUUGGGCCCUAAAGACACUGCUGAGACUCCAGGACGAUCCAGCUGAAACAGUGCUUGCCCUCAUGAUUAGAACAAGCUUGGAGACACUACCUUAUUAAUUGUCACUGUUACCAUUAGCACUGCUACCUGCUGUUAUCAUAAUAUCGGUGGUGCUCACCCACACAUAUGUUCACAUCUCUCAUGUGCCUUAUUUAUAUCUGAACACAAACUUCUUUCUGCCAGGAAGCCAAAGGUUUGCAGCACCCUUUGCAGCACCUACCCAGCUGAGGCUGGGGCUUAUGAUGGACAUCUGGCCCAGCGGGUACAUGGCAGCAGGGGUAGGCAGGUGCUCCUCAGAUCCACAUUUCCCUGGCCAUCUUUCUGGUUCUGCUUCCCCAUGGUAGCAGAAAGAAGUGGGUCAGGAGACUGCUGAAAAUCCGGAAGCCCUGGUGCUGCCCCUGGAUUGUAAAUAAUCUAUGAGACUCCGAAUAAUGAAAGGGCUGGGAUACUCUCAACGAGCUAGCAGCUGCCAAUUUCCAGUAAAACAUAGUUCUGUUAUGAAGGUACAUCUGGAAAGGCUAUUGAAGGAAGCAGCCCCAGAAAUCACAGACUGUAUAGGCAGAUGGCUCAUCAUCCAAGGGUGAAACAGAGGAUCCAGAAAGUAUUACCCCUUCUGAAGAAACAUUUCCAGACUAAGAACUGUAAUGUUUAUAUUCUAUUUAUUUACAUUGGAUUAUUUUAAGGCUUUGAAAUUGUUUUUAAAGAAAAAAUGUGCUUUUUCUUUUUCUUUUUACAAGGAGGCCUCCACUCCAAGGGGAAGCAACUGUUCUUAGAGGCAAAGCAAGUCUGUGGCAUGUGAGAGCAAGUUACCCAUUCUAUGGCUGUAAGGGAUGUCAAGGCCUUGUGGGAAGGGGAAAGUGUGGCCAGAAUGCUGAAAGUUAUAAAAUAUGUGGCCUAUGGUCACCAAUGACUGCUCUUAAGAACCAAAACAGGGAGAAGGAAGGGUCAGAGAGCCUGGGACCAGGGCCUGCCUCAGGGUACUGGUAGAAGAAAGCAAUUGUACCUCGUGCAGCAGGGAGGGCAGUGUAGGUUGGUGUUACCGGUCUGAGCUGGAGCCCAUCUGUGAUGGAAGCAGGUUUGAGAGAAGGUGGGGACGGAGGCACUCUCUGUGCAGUUGAACAGCCUGUGAGACCCACAGUGGUUUGUCUGGGAGGGAGGGAGGAGGCUGCACUCUCAGAGAGCUACACAUACUCCUAGGAAUGCUCCCUGGGGAAGGCUUCACAUCAGCAAUAUAUAUGGGUACUAAUAAUCAAGAGGGGUGCAGAGGGGUAGGAUGAUUCAAUGUUCAGAGCACUUACGAAGCAGGAGGGAGGCCUGGGACCCAGUUUCAGCUUCAAGUGACUGAUCUGCCAAAGAUGUCCUCUGUGACCCUGGGCAAGUCAUUCAACCCCUCAAUGCCUCAGUUCCCUGUUUACAAAUGGGGAGAGUAGCACUUCCCUACCUCACAAGGAAGUUUCUAGGACAAAUAUUACAGAUCAUUCAAGUACUGUGAUGAUAGGGAUCGUGUCAAUACCUGACAGAGGUUCAGGGAAGAGACCCUGGAAGCUAGCUUGAGACAACCAAAGGAAUUAAUGCAGGGAUAAUUCCACAUUCACAAGGAGACCCUAGUGGAUAAGGGAAACUUCCCUGCACAUUCGUGAACCAAAAUGAUCAGAAAAUCAUUUUAUAAUUCUGCACUGAAUAAACUCUUGGGAAGGACAACACUCCUUGAAAAGCUUGAAUCCUCACCCUUUUUUCUCCUCCUCGCAUGAUCUCAACAUUUGGUUUUACAUGUAAGAAAAAAGAAAAACUUGGUCCUUCAGAGCAUGACUCAUGUCUGUAAUGUCCGUGCUUGUUUGCUGUAAAUGAACAA